GAAGAAACGCGAACAGCCGAAAACGACGAGAAACAAGCACCAACCGAUAGAGCCAUGACCACACUGAUAGUCCUGACCCUCUUGGCCCUCCUGCUCUUCCCCUCAGGUACACUCACGUGGGAGGGGGGGUGUGGGACACUCACAUGACGUGCGGAGAAUGAGACACAACGGAGCGUCUCCCCCUCCCUCUCUGUGUGUGGUGUGUCUGUUCAGUCUUCGCGCAGGAGGUGGCCACACAGAACGAGCAACAGGCACACGAUGACGACACUCGCGAACUGGCCCCUGUGGAUCUCCAGUCGGCACUCGACGCCAUCCGCAUGGGCGAGCGGGGCAGGAUGAGCUUCCAGAGCCUCCAGCGCCAGCGCAUCACGUCCCUGCCCCGUCCCGGCUCACCCAUCAGCAGCGGCACCCGACAGCAGGGAGGUGACGUCCCGUCGGGCAUGAUUGACCUGGGAAUGGCCGGCGGCACGCGCCAGCUCGAAGACACCGAGGCAGCCAUCGACGAGGCACCACGGCUGCUCAAUGAAGGUGAGCAACCACUCACAAAGGGUAGGGAGGGGUGGCCACGAAGGGUGCGAAUGCGCAUCUGUGUGUGUGUGUGUGUGUGUGUGUCGUGCAGCCGUUGCGCCAGAGAAUGACGCCGACGAGAUCGACCCCACAGAGGACGAGUUGCGCGAGCUGUUUGGCGGUGGCGGCGGGCCUGUGGACCUGCAGACGGCACUCCAGAACAUCCGCAUGGGCGACCGCGGCCGCAUGAGGAUCGACCGACUCCGCAACGAGCGCAUCACGGCCCUCCCCUCAUCGCCCGUCGCCGACCAGAUCCGCAUCGGCACCCGCCAGGGCGGCGCCUCCACGGGCACAGGGACCUACAGCGCCCAGGAUCUCGCCUCCAUGAUUCGCAGCUCACGGAUGCAGGCAAUGCAGAACGCCGCUUCUGCUAUGCGCGCGGCCGCGGGUGGCGGAGGAGGAGGCGGCUCGCGGCAGCUCGAGGAGACCGAGAGUGAGCCAGCGGCUGUCGAGGCCCCUGCUGAUGGAAUGGGCGACGAGGAGCCUCGAGAGCUCCAGGUGGACAUGACGGCGGCGCUGAACCGCAUCCGUGGUGGCGACCGCAUGUCACUCGACCGGAUGCGCAACGCCCGCAUCACCUCCCUGCCGCAGGGUGGUCAGCGGGUCCCCCCCAUGGGCACACCGACGAGCGGCGGCCGACGGCUGCGUGGCGACGCCGCCCAGGAGACAGAGGAGGAGCAAUGAUGGGCUGGAUGGAUGAAUGGGUAGCGAGUCGAGUGUGUGUGCGACUUGGGCUGGAUGGAUGUCUGUCUGAUCGUGGCGGCUCGUGAGGUGAGCCGUCUUGUAUCCAUUUGUUGUGUUGUGUGGGGUGGAUGGAUGGGGCGGGUGGGCUGCCGGCAGAUCAGAUCUGAUGUAGUCUACUGUCUAGUCUAGUCCACUGCCUGUAGAUGUACCGACCGACCUACCACCAAGCCGACCAAACCACUGGACAAGGAGCACACGCACUCACCCUCACACACAGCACAGCACAGCAGACAGGCUUUUUCCGUGUCUUAUCGGAUCAUCGGAUCAUCGGAUGACGAAUCAGGGGAUGGGUCGACUGUACAUGGCUCUUGUGCACAAGACAUAGAUACAUACCGAACACACUGCAACACUACACUGACUGGUGGUGGUGGGUGGAUCUGUGUCAUCACGUGUGUUUGUCCGCGUGUGGAUGUGUUGGGCUGCCGGUGCUACUGUAGACAGACAGGGGGGGACCGGCAGUUGGCACACGUCCACACGUGUGCCGGUUGCUUUGUCCCGUUGACACCAUACCCAGACGUCGCAUUCCAUCUCUCUAUCGUACGCCCGCCAUGCUGUCUUUCUUUCUUUAUCGUAGCGUCAUUAUUCGUCACACCGUAGUUGCGUUUCCUCGCUCACACUCACAUGGGUUCCGCUCUGUGGUGUGCUGUGUCGCGUUGUGUUGUGUUGUGUUUGUUUGAGUGAAGCUGCGCGUUCAUCGCUCGCUUGUGGGUUGAGUGCAAAUGUGUACCAAGU